AUACACAUUCACUUUCAAGUGGCUCACAAACUUUUACUUGUGUCACUGUGUGCAAUGCAUGUGUGUUCCUUUUCAUGUUCCAUCUAUCUUCACAUGUUUUCAUAGAAACAAUGAAAAUGAAGCUUCUUUUUAUGUUCUUCCUUAUUCCUCACAAACCCAUUUGGAUUCUUGCCUCUAUAGUACACCCUCUUGUUCCCUCUCCUCAAAUUUCACCAAUUCUUACAUCAAUCGCUGUAUCUGCUUCCUCUCCAGAUAUUCAUGUGGGGGAUGAACAUCAAAAUAUGGAUUCACACAAGAAAAAGGUAAUGGCUUUUGUGGCAGCUAGCACUGGACUUGGUGCUAUCAUUUUGUGUUUGUUAAGCUUCUGGAUUUUUUACAUCAAGUAUUCUUCAAAAUCCAAAAAGAAAAACCUUCAAAACUCAGAUGGUGAAAAAGGGCUUGGUUUAGUUCCAUUUUUGAGUAAAUUCAGUUCUGUGAAGAUGGUUGGUAAGAAAGGGUGUGUUCCAAUCAUUGACUAUAAGCAAUUAGAAAAAGCCACUGGAAAUUUCAAGGAAAGUAACAUCAUAGGUGAGGGUGGUUUUGGAUGUGUUUACAAGGCUAGGUUGGAUGAUAAUUUAGAUGUUGCCAUCAAGAAGUUGAACUGUGAAUGUCAAUAUGCUGAGAGAGAAUUUGAGAAUGAGGUGGAUUUGUUAAGUAAAAUUCAACAUCCAAAUGUAAUUUCUCUACUGGGCUGUAGCAGUAAUGAGGAUUCAAGGUUUAUUGUCUAUGAGUUGAUGCAAAAUGGAUCAUUGGAAACUCAAUUACAUGGACCAUCUCAUGGCUCAGCAUUGACUUGGCAUAUGAGGAUGAAGAUUGCUCUUGACACAGCUAGAGGUUUAAAAUAUCUGCAUGAGCACUGCUACCCUGCAGUGAUCCAUAGAGAUCUGAAAUCUUCUAAUAUUCUUUUAGAUGCAAACUUCAAUGCCAAGCUUUCUGAUUUUGGUCUUGCAAUAACUGAUGGGUCCCAAAACAAGAAUAACAUCAAGCUUUCAGGCACAUUGGGGUAUGUUGCCCCGGAGUAUCUUUUAGAUGGUAAAUUGACAGAUAAAAGUGAUGUGUAUGCUUUUGGAGUUGUGCUUCUUGAGCUUCUAUUAGGAAGAAAGCCUGUGGAAAAACUUACACCAUCUCAAUGCCAGUCUAUUGUCACAUGGGCCAUGCCACAGCUCACAGACAGAUCCAAGCUUCCAAACAUUGUGGAUAAUGUGAUUAAGAAUACAAUGGAUCCUAAGCACUUAUACCAGGUUGCUGCUGUGGCUGUAUUAUGUGUGCAGCCAGAGCCGUGUUACCGCCCUUUGAUUGCAGAUGUUCUACACUCCCUCAUCCCUCUUGUACCUGUUGAGCUUGGAGGAACACUCAGAGUUUCACAAGUGACGCAGCAACCUAAGAAUUCUAGUUAACAUAGUCAUCAUCGAUUUCAGACAACGUUCUUGCAUUGAGAAUUCAGGCAAUGUUUUCAUGAUGCUGCCAAAUGAAUGAUUCUUUAUAAAAGCUCGGGAUUGCAGACAGAUUCAUAGCCACAUUGUUCAUGUAUGCAGUCUAAGAGUUUGACCAUGAAACAUAGAAACGUUCAUAAGGGAAAAGGGUAGGCCCAAAUAUGAAGAGCUUGGGAUUGUUAAUGAUAAAUGCGGAGUAGAUUUUAGUUUUGAUUUCGUGAAAAUAUUUGUGUAUAGUGAAGUGAUUUUGUGGAACUAUGUACUGGUCAGAGAGGAUCUGAUUGUCUUUCAUUACCUCUUUUGACUGUAUGUAAUUCAAUAAAACCGGAUUACAAAUAAUUCAUAUAGAAGCUACUUAUUCUGCUAAA